CGUGUUCCUACCCCUCUUUUACUCUCCCUUUCGAACAACACGGCCCUUUUAAUUUGAAAGUUGAGUGGAAGGAAUAAGAAACAGAGGAAUUUUGGGUAAACGGGGUAGUGAAAAGGCGCGAGGGGUUAUACUGAAUAUACAUUCCUCGUUUCUUAUUAUCCACUUUAUAUAUUAGCUAGCUAUCGAUAGUGCGGAUAAGUUAGGGAGCAGGCUAACGUGAGCUAUCGAUAGCUAGCUAAAGAUAAGACGGGAACAGUCAUUAGCAAGUUGGCUGGAAUUGGCGGAUCUGUUGUUCUCCGGUUAUAUAAUAAAAUUACAAAAAAUCGCCGCUUCACCUGUUUUGUUGAGGGGAAAUCGUAUUGACGACGAAUUGAGGGAGCAACGGGGGAGAAAGACUUGACUGCUUGAAAACGACCAAAAAAAUUAAGUAAAAUGGCGGAGCCGGACAAAUUAAACAUUGACUCUAUAAUACAGCGUCUUCUGGAAGUGAAGGGCUCCCGGCCAGGCAAGAAUGUGCAGCUGACAGAGAACGAGAUCCGCGGCCUCUGCCUCAAGUCCAGGGAAAUCUUCCUCAGCCAGCCAAUCCUCCUUGAACUUGAGGCUCCGCUCAAGAUCUGUGGUGACGUCCAUGGGCAGUAUUACGACCUCCUGCGACUGUUCGAGUAUGGGGGCUUCCCCCCGGAGAGCAACUACCUGUUCCUGGGUGACUAUGUGGACCGGGGCAAGCAGUCGCUGGAGACCAUCUGCCUGCUUCUGGCCUACAAGGUCAAGUACCCCGAGAACUUCUUCCUGCUGCGGGGGAACCACGAGUGUGCCUCCAUCAACCGCAUCUACGGCUUCUACGACGAGUGUAAAAGGCGGUACAACAUAAAACUCUGGAAGACGUUCACAGACUGCUUCAACUGCCUGCCUGUGGCCGCCAUCGUCGACGAGAAGAUCUUCUGCUGCCAUGGAGGCCUCUCCCCGGAUUUGCAGUCCAUGGAGCAAGUGCGGCGUGUGAUGCGACCCACGGACGUGCCUGACCAAGGCCUGCUGUGCGACCUGCUGUGGGCCGACCCGGACAAAGAUGUGCUGGGCUGGGGCGAGAAUGACCGCGGGGUCUCGUUCACGUUCGGUGCUGACGUAGUGGCCAAGUUCCUGCACAAGCAUGACAUGGACCUCAUCUGCAGGGCGCACCAGGUAGUGGAAGACGGCUACGAAUUCUUCGCCAAGCGGCAGCUGGUCACCUUGUUCUCGGCACCCAACUACUGCGGCGAGUUCGACAAUGCGGGAGCCAUGAUGAGUGUGGACGAGACCCUCAUGUGCUCCUUCCAGAUCCUGAAACCUGCAGACAAGAAGCUCUACACCUACGGCGGAGGUGGGGGCAUGGGAUCGGGACGUCCGGUUACCCCCCCUCGAAAUUCAGCCAAAGGCGGAAAAGCCAAGAAAUAGCACCUGCUGAACCCCCCCCCCCCCCAACUUGCACCUCCUCCUGCUUCUCUACCUCCCUCCCUCCUCCCCUCCCUCCGUCCCUCCUCCCCUCCCUCCGUCCAUUCCCCUUCCAUCACCAAACAGCGGCAAAGCAGUAUCCAAGAUUCUGUUUUUCCGGUCUCCUGAUUCUUGGUACUGCGUAACUUUUAAGGUGUGCAUGAACGUUUGAGAGGUUUGUGACGAGAUGUCCUUCCUGUGCCCGGCCUUCCUCCAUGCCCUUAAAAACCGCCACCCUCAUUCCUCUGGCACGCUUGCUUUGAACGCACACAAGGUGGCAGCACUGAGGAGGCCCGCUGUGCUCACAGCCGGCGUGGGAGGAAUCCUGCCAUUUAUGUAAGACCCCGCUCUCUUUUAAUCUGCCAGAGAUGCCUGUCACUUUAAAGGGAGGUGGGGGGGGGUUGACAGGCAGCCUUGCACAUACGUGACGAUUCCGUGUCGCACGCCAGGGUUUCUGUUCAGCGUGCAGAGGGAUGGGUGUGCGUGCGUGUGUGCGGGCGGGGGAAGAUGUGCAGAGGCUGGACAGACACACUCACGGAGCAAAAUCAGGUGUCAUUGUUUUAUAGGUGUCAGACUUUUUAAAGUUUUGUUUUUAAAGUCGUCAAAGAUGGGUUAAUAAAGAAACGUUAAAAAUACAAAGAAAAAGAGCCAAGCUUGCUUUUCUCCAUGCUGCGUCUCCAUGCCGUCCGUAAGCUGUCUGCUUUAUAUCUGAUCCUGCUGCACAUGUCCAGCGGCCUCAUCUGCUCUGUCCCCCUCGUGGGGACGAGCUCCUCCUCACACUUAAAUUGCUUUUAAAUUGAUUUCUUCUUUUUGCUCCUUGUGCUGUUUUUUGCUUUGCUCAUUCAUGUUGCCUCCCAGUCUCAUUCUGCCCGGAGCCAUUUGUACAGCCCUCACCCCCCCCCCCUUUUUAAUUUCCAUGUACUGUAGUAGGUGCUUUCCAUCACCUAUGCUGUCUCUCGCUCCCACAUCCGAGCUGUAGUCAAAUGUACCUUUCAGGUGCCCCACCAUUAAAUAGCACCUGCUUCUUAGUUUAAAAGGUACAGCUGCACUUGGUCAGCUUUCCAUAAUCCCCUCGCCCUUUGAAAGUUUGUUGUGGUUAGCUGCGGUCCCAUGCUGCCACCAUCGCUGGACUUCAUGGUUCCCCUUCUCCAGGCUCAUGUGCAGCUUUUACGUAUCCCUUCCCUUCCUGUGAUUGGCUGACUGCUUUCCAUUGCGCAUCUCGCAUUUUCAAGACCAGACCGAGCUGCCCGUCCUCCUUAUUUUCUCCAUAAGCUGCCACGUCCUUUAAUCGUCUGACCAAAAGGUAUCUUGGAGCGAUAGCGCUGUGCUUCACGAUGCCCGUGCGAUCUUUGCUGGUUAAUAGGUGGGGUGACUUCUGUUUCCAUUAUGUGAAUUUUCAAUAUAUAUAUAUAUAUAUAUUUUUUUUUUUUUUUUUUUUUUUUUGCAGGGUGUGCAUUUUUGAACAACUUAAUUGGUACUGUAUAAUGAACCUUAAGUUUUACUGUUAAACAAACAUGGCGAAAAGCUUGCCGAGAGUGGACGGGUGAGAAAUGAAAAUCAGCCCCACGGUCGGCAGCCAGCGAGGCUGUGUGAACUUCACGGGAGACGCGUUUCAGGGGCACAUGUAAAUGCGGUGGCUCCGAUUCAUGCCUGUUUCUCACAACUGGCAGAUGGGGAUGAUUAAUGCAAGAGGUAAUGUCUUGAAUAUGUAUUGCUUGCCUAUAGGAGGCAUUUACAAUGCUGUAUUUUUUUCACCCCUUGUCUCUGAGACAGUGGUUUGAUAUUCAAUGUAAUAGUGACUGACAGGGAGGAUGUGUCUUUUUUUCCUUCAAAGACAAGGCUUUAAUUUGAUAGAAACGCUUUUCUGUAACAUAGACAAUCUCUAUAAAGCAUACGGUUUAGAAGCAAGCCAUCCGCAAUACGAAAUGUAACAGGACGUUACCGUGUUUUAGCCUGUUGGCUAAAAAAUGUCUUGGGGAGGAAUCGCUGUAAAAACCUCAGUGUGUGUGCUUGGUGAAUUUCCCUCUGACUGCUGGAGACUUAACUUCCAGAGAGCAUUACUGAAGAAAAAAGAAAAGUCGACGGCGUUUCGUUAACGAUCACGAUUAUUUUUGGUGCAUACCUGCAGUGAAACGUACAUCACGUAUUUCUUUUUUUCCCUCUUUUUACCUGACAGAAGUAGGUUAACUUAGGUAACGAGAGUUUGUAAAUGUUUUUUUUUCAACCAAUCAGGGACCUUUUCCCCCAAGCACUGACGCUGGGUAGGAUACAGACGUUAAAUUGGAUUAAUCAAUUCAUAGGUUUAAUAAAAAAAAAUGCUAUUUUUUAUUUUUUAUGUAAUUUGUUUUGCAACCAAUCACAGAUAUUGUCUCUCUGUUACCAGGUAGAAAAUAAAAAGUGUAUUUGUA